CCUUCCCUUUCAAUAUGGCUUCAAGAACAGACGCUGGGAUUUUCACAGAGAUGUUUUUCCUCCUGAUAGCAGUGCAUUUUAUUGUCACUACUGGAAUGCUGCAUGGGAAUGAUGGCAGUGAUUUUCUGUUUCCUGUUCCUAUUGCAGACAUUUCUUUGCAGAAUGAAUUACUUGGAGAGAGACCCAUUGACUCCUUACCUUUGGAAUCAAAUUCACAAAUUUCAGAUCCUGCUCAUGCCGUAAUUGAUAAAGUUAUUAAUAAUGAGUUUCAACUGCAAACGUUAGAUGAGACUGAACUUGAGCUUACAAGGCAAGAUGAAUAUCUUGCCAUUUAUGGGCUUUAUCGACAACCUAUAGUGGGUGAUGGGAAUUGUCUUUUUAGGUCUGUUAGCUUUUCCCUCUAUGGAAACCAAGACCACCACCAAGAGCUACGAAACUUGGCAAUUCAAGAAAUUGAACAAAAUUUAGACAUUUUUAGACUAUAUUUCUUUAAUCCAAAUGGAGUCCCAAUGAAUGAUCUGGAAAUUCAGCAGGAGUUAAGAAAUUUAAGACAGUUAGGUACUUUUGCAGGUCAGGAAUCAAUUUUUGCUUUAUCAAGAUAUUUUGGGGUCAAUAUUUUGGUUACAGUUGGUGGUGACCUUGAUCAUCCAGAGGUGGCAACUCUUGAACACGAUUUUGGCAAUUCUAAUUCGCGUAUUCAUUUAAUUUGGACAAGGCCUGGUGGGGGACACUAUGAAUCGGUAACUGAAACUGUACCAGUAAAUAGGAGAAUUUCACAACCCCAUUCAGUUGGAAUUAAAAGUAAAUAUCAUUGGAAUUUAGAAUAUGCAGCAUGUAAGAAAAUCGAUUUAGAUUCACUAGUUUCAAGUAAGGAUACAAAUAACCAAGAAAUUAAUUAUUUCUCUGAAAAUCCUCACUUAAAAACACCUACAAAUUACUUUCAAACAAUCCAUUCUUACGGAAAAUCCUCUAAUGACUUACAAAAGACAAGUAGCUUGGAAAAAAAUCAGUGUUCAAUUUGUAAGAAAACAUUUCACGAUAAGGCAAAUUUAAAUAGGCAUAAAAAAAAUGUACAUGAUAAAGAAAAUGAUAAGAGAAUGUCGUGCAUUGUUCCCUCAUGUGAUGUGAACUUUUUCCAUGUCGAAGAUCUUGUAAAUCAUUUAAUCAGCAUACACGAUUCAGAUAUUAGGAUUGAAAACCUGAACUUCGAUAAUAUUAAUUCUUUUGAAAAAUUUUUGGCAGAAGAGUCUUUAAAAAGAAAUACUAGGUACAUUUUACAUCGGCCCAAAACAUUAAAUAAAGAUGGAUCACAAAGAUAUACCCUUGUUUGUCAUAGGGAUGGGAAAAAACGUACAUGUGACAGUAAAGACAGGAAAAGGAGGGAAUAUAAAAAGGGUUCUUGUAAGUUAGAUGGCCUUUGUUUAUCCAGAUUUUCAGUAUUAGUUGCUAAAGAUGGAACGGUUAAAGCUAAAUACAUACAAUCCCACACACAUUCAACCAAUUUUGAAGAAAGUAAGUAUCUUCCAAUUCCAGACCACAUUAAAUCUGAAAUUAAAACCAUGUUAGCUCUAAAAAUUCCAAUAAAUACUAUUUUAGACAAAGUAAGGGAAAAAUUCAGCGAUAGGAACAACCGCGAUGACUUAACAGAUUUAAAACAUUAUCAUUUAAUAGAUAGGAAAACAAUUCACAACCUGAAGAAAAAAAUAAUUGACUCCUCUGUUAUCAGACAUAGUGACGAUGCAACUUCAACUUUUCUAAGAGUAGACGCUUUAAAAAAAGAAAAAUUUAAUCCCAUUUUAAUUUACAAACAACAAAAUGUAGAUGACAGCGAACUUGGUUUAAAUAAAGAAGACUUCAUGUUAGCAAUAAUGACAAAACAACAACUAAAAAUGUAUGAAAAGUUUGCACCUUUAAUUCUGUGUAUGGAUUCUACCCACAAAACUAAUAUGUACUCGUUUAAAUUAAUUACACUUUUGGUUCCUGAUGAAUUUAGGCAUGGUUACCCCGUAGCAUUUUGUAUAUCUAGUAAAGAAAACGAACAAGCCAUUUCCCUGUUUCUUAGUGCUGUAAAAAACAAGUCCCCACAAACAACAGUUAAUAUUCUAAUGACAGAUGACGAUAAUGCUGGAUGGAAUGCAGCUAAAAAAGUUUUUGGACCUGAUUUACAACAUUUCCUUUGCAUUUGGCAUAUACAUAAAAACUGGCGAUUGAAAAUUCAACAGCAUAUCAAAGACAAAGAGCAGCAAGCAGAGAUUUAUUGUUUGUUAUGUGCUGCAAUGGAUGCCAAGUCAGAAUCAGUCUAUAAUAAGUAUUCAGAUGUAUUGAUUCAAAGAUUGUCCGAUAUUAAUCCAGCUUUAUUAAAAUAUGUCAAUGAUUUUUAUCUAUCUAGAAAAGAAAAAUGGGCAAUGUGUUUUAGAAAUUGUGAAUAUGCUAAAGUUAAUACAAAUAUGUUUCUAGAAAGUUUCCAUAACCAGUUGAAAACAGUUUACUUUGAAGGGAAAAGAAACCGUAGAAUAGAUGUCCUUUUAGAAACCCUACUUCAGAUUGAGAACAACUUAUAUUUCAAACAUUUAGCAUCUCAAAAAUUUAGCAUGCCUUCUCAAGAAAAUAUUAAGACCUCUGAUCGUCACCAAAGUAGUUUCGACAUAUGCGAUUCUGCAAUUUGCCAAGUUAACGAAGACACUUUUUCACUAGCUUCUCAAAACAAUUUGUAUACCAUUAUUGUAAAAGCACAAAAAUGUCCUGAAACUCAUUGCUACACAAAAUGUAAAAAGGUACCAUGCCUAGAUUUGUGCAGACAUAUUCUUACAUGCAAUUGCCAUGACUUUGAAGAAGGGAAUAUUUGUAAACAUAUGCACAAGGUCAUGUCUUUACUUAAUAAAGAUACCCUUACAACCCCUUUAGAUAAAAAAUUUGAAUUUGUUGAAAAGAAUAAGGACAAGGUCAUUGGUACGCCAUUGAAGAAAAGACGAAUUUCUGAAAUCUCCAAUGAUGCAAAAAUUCAAGGUAUACAAGAAAGAAUGGACAAAAUUAUGUCCCAAAUAAAGAAUGGUCCCCUUGUUCAACAACAUAGGCUCAAUAACAUAAUUUCUGCCCUAGAUUGCAUUAUAUCUGCCAAUGAUGGAUGUGAAAAUCUUCCUAACUCCCUUGAAGAGUUUACGCAAACUGAAAAAAUAGCAUCAAACGCUAACAAUGUCUUGCAGCCACGUUUUAGGCCCACUACCAAGAAUCCGGGUAGAAAGAGAAAAGAUCCUUUGAGGAAACCCUCUCAACAAGAAAAAGAUAAUGUCCUUGAACGGCUUCAGCAACAUAAUCAACAAGGUCAAAACUCUGCUCCUUCUGAUGAAAUAGGACAAGAUCAAAGGUCAGGGCCCUCUGUUGCACCAUAUCCCCCAUUGAGACUUGUACAUACCAAUGAACCCCCUGUUUUACCAUCACAAACACAAGAUCCAGUCAUUAAUCUUAAUGAUCCUCAAGGUCUACCUUCCUGGUAUAGGAUUCCUCCAUCACUUUAUGGUAGGAGGAUAACAGUUGUCCGAAGUGAUGGGAAAAAACAAAGCAUAAUUUUCACAGGUGGACAACACCAUACAAAUGAGGAUAAGGAUAACUAAAUAACUUUAUAGGAAUCUAUUUCCUGAAUUCAAUGGUCAUGGCUAUAUACAUGUAAAAAUAACAUCUGUAUGGAAAGGGAUAUUUUAGACUCCUUUCUAGGGCUUAGUUGUUCUUAGGCAUAGGGAAAAGAAAAGUUCAGUCUCCAUCUAACAUUUCAGUUGUGUUAUUUAUUUUUGUUCAUGCUUUCUCUUAUUUUUUGUUAGAUAUACUGUCAAUCUGUCAAAAAUACACUAAAUCUAUGCUUGAAUCAUUUCCCAUUAUUUUAUUCUCUAAAAAUAUAUAAUAAACAUGAUAAAUAUCAUGAUUGAGAUAGAAUAUAACUAUAAAACUAAUUAAUUUUACAACUAUAAAUUCAGUUUAAGCGUAGUUGACAACUGCAACUGGCAUAAAGUCAGUCCAGUAGUAGAUUGGCAAUGGUAGAUGAGCAUUCUCCGUCUGCUCUAGGCCAGUGUCAAGUUGCAUGUUGUCUCCUUUUUUUUUUGAUGUACCAAAGUAACGAUAAUUAGUGUAUAGAUGAUGGACACAGUAAUAUCUUUUUAAUUUUUGUAUUAAACUAACUUUUAAUUAAUUAAUAACCAAAACACUUUUCAUAAAAAAAAAUAUGGGUGAAAUUUAUAAACUAAAUGUACAUAUGAAUGACAACUGCAACUGGCAUAAAGUCAGUCCAGUAGUAGAUUGGCAAUGGUAGAUGAGCAUUCUCCGUCCGCUCUAGGCCAGUGUCAAGUUGCAUGUUGUCUUCUUGUUGACAGAUAACAGAUUUGAUUUGGAUAUUAUAUGGUUAAAUAAGUUGUUUUAAUACCUGUUUUGGAACACUUUAUUCAAUUUUUUGUAAUGUGCGAAAUGAAAAGUGUUUUGUCCACUGUAUUUUAUAUGAAAAAAUAAACAAAAAUAGUGUUUACCGUUCUGUUCUUGUUGAAAAGCAAUAUUACUUACUAAUGUAUAGGCUCUGACUUUAUUGUUUAUCUGUUCUGAAUACCGUAAAUCUGGGGUUUUUUUUCACAUGUAAAAAAUUAUGCGAAAAGGGGGUAGAUUUGUACAUUUUUUAUUUUGCACAAGUUAAUUUUUACGAUUGAAGAUUUAUUUUCUUAAAAUGGUAAUGUUUUUCAUGUCACAUGAUAGCUGUUAUAAUUUCUGCGUGUUUUAUAUUUUGCGACUUGAAAAUGAUCAAAGAAAAGGUGAAAAAUAGAUCAUCGCGAAAAUAACUGGAUUUACGGUAUCUUUUUUUUUUUUUAUCUUGCAGCAAUUAACUAUGGUAAUGUUAAUAAAACUCAUCUAAUGGUAUAUUAAUAAUUUAAUACAUCACAGCUUUAGAUAUAUAUAAAAUUACAUUUAUAUGUUGUGUCUUUAUAUAACAUGUCUUCAUUAAAGAAAAAAAAACCUAAACUAUAUGGUUGACAACUGCAACUGGCAUAAAGUCAGUCCAGUAGUAGAUUGGCAAUGGUAGAUGAGCAUUCUCCGUCCGCUCUAGGCCAGUGUCAAGUUGCAUGUUGUCUACCUUUUAACAAUUGAUUUAAAUCAAAUUUUAUUAAGAAAUCUAAUCAUACUCUCAUAUGUGUUGUUGUGUUGCUGCAGGAAGAUAGUUUACAUGGGCCGAAACUUUCCUGGUUGUGUCAAAUUUUUAAUUUUUUAGAAAUUUAUUACUCUGUACAAAAAUGAUCUCACAAUGAAUGUGAAUUUUUAUUUAAAUAUUGAAGAUAGAUGUUUAACUUAUAAAUGUGAAUUAUUUGCAAUUUUUGAAAUUAUGAA